AUGUCUACGGAAUGGCUAGUGAAUGGAAACAACAGUCCGAUAUCAGAAGCAGUGUAUUGUAUUAUUCAGGAUCAAAAUAUAUUUUUCAACGAUAACGGAGAAAUGUGCAAUCAUUGUAAUCAAGCUAAAAAAUCUGUUGAUCACAUGGCUACAAGAUGUAGCAAAAUGCUGAACAGUGAUUAUACCAGAAGACAUAAUGAAGUUAUAAGAUGCAUCUAUUUGCAUCUCUGCCGCCAAUAUGGAAUCAAGAAAACCAAAAGGUUAAAGUCACACACAGUCCAGUCGGUUAGCUCAAAUCAUAAAGUAGAGAUAAGAGUGGACACCACCUUGCAGACAGAUGUUCAUGUAAAAAACAAUAGACCAGAUAUCUUUGUCCUUGAUAAAACGAAAAACGAAAUCACUCUAAUUGAAGUCGGAAUUACUUCCCACGCCAUGUUAAAGCAAGUGGAAGUAGAAAAACUACAUAAAUAUGAUCUUCUUGCUGGAGAAUUAUCUCAAAUCCACGGUGCGAAG